CCCACAAAUGAAAAAAUUAAAGCUGUAAUUCAUCAAGCAUUUAAACAUGCAAAAAUUUUAACUAAGAAUAUAUUAGAUAUGAUAUCUAUUUCUCUUCAAUUAUAUAAUUCAUUAAUCCUUGAUGAUGAAAAUGAUAGCAACGAAAUGUUAAAUAGUAUUAAUUCUGAUCAAGAAAGUUUAGAUGAUAUUUCUAAUAUUGAAAAUUUUUUUAUUUUGAUAGCUGCAACUGAAAUUAAUAAGGACAAUUGGGAGUUAUCUGAUGGUUCUUAUUUAGAUUAUGAAGAAGGACAAUCAAAUCUUUCAUUUAUUUUACAACCA